AUGAGUGCCAGUGAUAGUGACCAACGAAGUGGCUGGAAGUACACGACUAAACGUGGACGACCGCAAAGCUCGAAUGAGCAAAGAAAGUCGGACAGAAGUCCCAGCAAGCUCACUAAACUCUUCCGCGGUAUCUCCGAGACAGUGGCUCCGCCAGCUGCCACUUCAUCUAACACGGUUGACGCGUCCACGAGCCCGACCAAUGUAACGGCUAAUUACUCUUAUGAUAUUGACAGCCGCAGAAAUGCUGUUUUAUUAGAUGUGACUCCAGAAGAUUUGAGGCCACCGAGCAGCGCUGGUAGCACGUCAACUUCGCAUUUUUCCCUAGUCUUUCCUCCUUCCCCGCCGCCUGAUUCUUUUCAACACACCGUACACACUCGUGUAACAUACACAAUCGAGCAAAUUGCGACUUCAAGUACUUUUGGUCGUGCUUCCAGUAGGCGAUUCCUUCCCAAACUCAAGUCGCAUCUCAGCAAUUCUUCUCGUUCGAACAAACUCUUUAGUAUCCGCAAGAGACAGCCACGACACUCUACCGGGCAACUCAGUGACGGACCUCUAGACGGGGAGGAAGGCGAGCUGAUCGACGAAGCUUGCUUCAUGGAUUCAACCACUCCAAGGGGGAUCGGUGAGCCCUUCAUUUGCCCAAA